AUGAAGUUCUUCAUUGAUGAUCUUCCGGUCCUGUUCCCGUAUCCGCGCAUUUACCCGGAGCAAUAUGCCUACAUGUGCGAUCUCAAAAAGACCCUCGAUGCCGGGGGUCACUGUGUGUUGGAGAUGCCCUCGGGUACAGGAAAGACAGUUUCGCUGCUCUCGUUGAUUAUAGCGUACCAACAACAUUAUCCAGAGCAUCGGAAGCUCAUCUAUUGCUCCCGAACGAUGUCUGAGAUCGAGAAGGCGUUGGCGGAGCUUCAGGCACUCAUGAAGUAUCGGACAACAGAGCUGGGAUUCGAAGAAGAGUUUCGGGCUUUAGGCUUAACCAGUCGAAAGAAUCUCUGUCUACAUCCUUCUGUAAAACGAGAGAAGAGUGGUACCGUGGUCGACGCGCGAUGCCGAAGCUUGACGGCCGGUUUUGUUAAAGAAAAGAAAGAGCGGGGUGAUGAGGUCGAGCUCUGCGUAUACCACGAGAAUCUGGAUCUUCUUGAGCCGCACAAUCUCAUCCCUCCGGGCGUGUUCACCCUUGAUGGGCUCCUUCGAUACGGAGAGGAGCAUAAACAAUGUCCUUACUUCUCAGCUCGCCGUAUGAUGCCAUGGUGCAACGUCAUAAUCUACUCCUACCACUACCUUCUCGAUCCAAAAAUCGCCGAACGAGUCUCCCGAGAACUCUCCAAAGACUGUAUCGUUGUCUUCGAUGAGGCUCACAACAUCGACAACGUCUGCAUCGAAUCCCUUAGCAUCGACAUCAGCGAGGAUUCUCUCCGCAAGGCCACCAGAGGUGCAAGCAACCUUGAGCGCAAAAUUGAAGAAAUGAAAAGCACAGACGCCGACAAGCUUCAAAGUGAAUAUUCGAAAUUAGUGGAAGGUUUGCAGCAGGCGGAACAAGCUCGAGAAGAGGAUCAAUUUAUCUCAAAUCCUGUUUUGCCGGACGAUCUGCUGAAAGAAGCGGUUCCCGGAAAUAUUCGUCGUGCUGAGCAUUUUAUAUCCUUCCUAAAGAGAUUCAUCGAAUAUCUCAAGACCCGCAUGAAGGUCACCCAUACGAUUUCAGAAACACCUCCUUCGUUCCUCACACAUUUGAAGGAUCUCACAUAUAUUGAACGCAAGCCUCUAAGAUUCUGCGCUGAACGUCUGACUUCUCUUGUACGAACUCUUGAGCUCAUGAAUAUCGAAGAUUAUCAGCCACUUCAAGAAGUUGCAACUUUCGCGACGCUCGUCGCAACCUACGAUAAAGGAUUUGUUCUUAUCCUUGAGCCAUUUGAAUCAGAAGCGGCUACAGUACCGAAUCCUAUCCUCCACUUCACUUGCUUAGAUGCCGCUAUUGCAAUCAAGCCUGUCUUUGAUCGUUUCAGCUCGGUGGUCAUCACAUCUGGAACACUGUCUCCACUGGAGAUGUACCCAAAAAUGCUGGGUUUCACUGCUGUCAUGCAAGAAUCGUACAGUAUGACCCUGGCACGUCGCUCAUUCUUGCCCAUGAUUGUCACUCGAGGCUCCGAUCAAGCGCAGGUUUCAUCCUCCUUUGGUAUUCGCAAUGACCCUGGUGUGGUUCGCAAUUACGGUACACUUCUCACAGAGUUUGCACGCAUAACACCAGAUGGAAUCGUCGUUUUCUUUCCCUCGUACCUUUACAUGGAGUCCAUCAUCAGUAUGUGGCAAGGUAUGGGUAUCCUAGAUCAAAUCUGGAAUUACAAAUUGAUUCUCGUCGAAACCCCCGAUGCCCAAGAGUCUUCACUUGCGCUGGAGACAUAUCGAACUGCGUGCUGUAAUGGACGCGGUGCCAUCAUGUUCUGUGUCGCUCGAGGUAAAGUGUCUGAGGGUAUCGAUUUCGACCACCACUAUGGUCGGGCCGUGCUGUGCAUUGGUGUACCAUUCCAAUACACCGAAUCCCGUAUCCUUAAAGCCCGCCUGGAAUUCCUCCGCGAGAACUACCGCAUUAGGGAGAAUGACUUCCUAUCCUUCGACGCUAUGCGACAUGCUGCACAGUGUCUGGGCCGUGUGCUCCGUGGUAAAGAUGACUAUGGAGUCAUGGUGUUGGCAGAUCGCCGUUUUGAGCGAAAGCGGCCACAACUUCCAAAGUGGAUCAACCAAGCCAUGCUAGACAGCGAGACCAAUCUCAGCACAGAUAUGGCAGUCUCGAAUGCGAAGAACUUCUUGCGUACUAUGGCUCAACCUUUCCAAUCCAGAGAUCAAGAAGGUAUUUCUACCUGGAGUUUGGCUGACAUUGAAAAACAUGAAGCAAAGCGCAAGGCUGAAGAAGAACGUGUCACGCAGCACCAGUUCAUGAACGGUCAUAAAAUGGACGGCGUUGUAUCAUCGACGGUCGAAGUAGAGGAUGAGUACGAUGACGACAUUGAUCAAGACCUCAUGAUGCUGGAUGCGCAAUAA